AUGGUUUGCCCUCAAGGUAUGGUCAGAGGUGAUCAAGGUGUGGAGAAUGUAGACAUUGCCCGUUUCAUGUUUACUGUUCGAGGAACUGACCGAGCCAGUUUCAUUUCUGGGAAAAGCGUCCACAAUCAGAGAAUUGAACGACUAUGGCGUGACGUGUGGCUCGCAGUAACCAGUACAUAUUAUGAUGUACUGCACAGUCUGGAAGAAGAGGGACUACUGGACAUCUCAAACACGCUGUACAUCUUCCUGGUGCAUUAUUUGUUCCUCCCCCGUCUCCACUGUGACCUUCACACCUUUACUGAGGGCUGGAACCAUCACCCACUCCGCACAGAGGGAAACAUGACCCCUCAACAGUUGUGGCAGUUGGGCCUGCUGCAGAACAGCACAGAUGAGGCUGAUAAUGCUGAGGAUCUGCAAGAACUUGACAUAGACUGGGAGACUGCCCUUUACUGUAAUGAGUUCCACCAAGAAUCUGGGGUUGUUGUUCCUGAAUUUCCUUCACCCCUAACUGAGCAAGAUAUAAGACACCUUCAGGCAGUUGUGGACCCUACAGGCCCAUCCGACUCCCAUGGACAUGACAUUUACUGUCGUUGUCUUCAAAUCUUUCAGUGAAUGACGGGAACAUGGCCUUGGCCUGUUAUCCACUGGAGAAAGGCCCGUGGAGACAAUGACGGACAUCCAGCGAGGUGCAACCCAG